CGGCUAAUUCCGAUACUACCACUUGUGACCUGACCGCCUGAGUCUGUCUCUGAAGAGACAUUCCAGUUGGGUCCCUCUGGGUCCUGUAGCAAUCAUUCCUGUCCUAUCCUGAUACAACCGCGUUCUCAGUUUAUUUCACAUGGCCACUGAUUUCUGGGCCAGUACGCACUAUAAACGAUGGAUAGUAGAUCGGGCCACCUUGAAGCAGUCUCGUGCAGAUGACUUACAAUACGUGGACGAUUCGGAGUACCUCGAUUUCUUCGCAAUUUUCUUUGCAAACGUUAUAACGAAAUUGGGGAAGAAGCUCAACUUCAGGCAGCGCGUCAUUGCAACAGCCAUUGUAUUUUUUCGAAGAUUUUACAUCAAGAAUUCGUACUGCGAGACCGACCCAUUUAUUGUCAUCGCAGCAUGCUGUUACGUGGCUGGGAAGGCGGAGGAGUCGCCCGUGCACAUCAAGAAUAUGGUGGCAGAGGCUCGACUUUUCUUCAGCCACCAACCAUACGGCGUGAAAUAUUUUCCUUCCGAUAAUUCCAAACUCGCCGAGAUGGAGUUCUACCUCGUUGCGGACCUCGAGUGUGACCUCACUGUUUUCCAUCCAUAUCGCACGCUGCUGUCUAUUUGCAAGAAGGAGAGCUCGAACGACUUGCAGACAGAAGCUGGCGAAGUGGGAGUAGGAGUAGGAGUAGAAGUGGAUGACGGCCCACGGUAUUGGGGGAGUGGAGAUGGGCAACUCGAAUUGCCAGAUGAUGCGUUCCAGCUGGCUUGGUCUAUUAUUAACGACACAUAUCGCUCAGAUCUAUGCUUGCUUUAUCCUCCCCAUCUACUCGCCAUUACAGCACUUUAUCUCGCCGUAAUUUUGCACGGUCCAACCAGAGAGCUCCUGCAACAACAAUCUCAUUCAACCGAUGCCCAACCAGUCCACAACUCCCCAAGAAGAUCGUCGCGACAAAGUUCCAGCGCAUCACUAGGUCAUGGAAAGAAACACUCACAGGACUUUGUUGCAUUCUUUGCUGAACUUAACAUUUCAAUGCCGUUACUGUACACACUCUGGGAGCGGUACUCUGAAGAUUCUGAUCACGUUGAUUCUGCAAGGAGCGCAUUCCAUGGACAUGCGUCGGCGCAGACACAAUCGGGAAGGCCGCAUGGUGGGAGUUCUGUCACGCCGACCUUCUUGCUGCAGAUCUUGACGAGGAUGAGAGAGAAUAGGUUGUCGGAUAUGGCGCACGCAGCUUCUGGGAGGUCUGUUGCGGUGAAUAAGAUGUUGGAACGGACUCAGGCUGCUGGGUGA